AUGGCCGGGGGAUUGAGUGGUAGGACGUGCUACGUCCAGCUCGGAUCGCGAGGGCUUCGGCAGAGGAGCGAGGGGGGAUAUGCUGUUGCUAGUGCCUGCGAGCAUAUCGGAUCCGUUGGUGCAGUGUUCGCGUGCUGCGUUGUCAUCGGGAUCAUCGGAAGCAACGUGCGGUCGAGGAACAUGUGCCUGGCCGUUGCACGCGUGGUCCCCACCGAGGUCGGCCACCUCGUGCUUUAG